UUCAACUCCAGCUACGACAUCGCAUCCACGGUCAAUCGUUCGGUUCUUCGUCUCUCGUUACGCCCUUUUCGCCGGCAGACUUGCCUGUCCACUCGUUCGUUUUCUGUCAAAGGGCUUGUCGCGAAAGGGUCCCUUUUUUUCACCACCCGGAACAUCGACUCCAACAACACACCACGUCAACCAGCAACACGUCGGUCUUGUUCUGUCAUUCAUUAAGCUUCAGGGGACAUCCUCGCACCCAAGAAAAGCUCUUCUUGAACUCAAAGGAACUUACACAUUCCGUCUUCAUGUCGAUGACAACUGCCGUUACCUCGUUCUUGGUUGUCUUCUUGCUGUGACUGUGACGACUUUGGCCCCAGGAAAAACAUCUUCAGUCAGCAGCUCACAGAAGGACCCGCACCAAAAAAGACAAGACGCUUCCGACAUGUCGACGGACUGUAUCUCGCUCAGGGGAUCGAAGCAAUGCCCCGCCUUCAGUUCUGCUUCUAUCUCUGUCAAUGACCGCUUGGUCGGUCAAUAGUACGUGUUCCUCGGUUACUUUGUUACUCUUGAGAAAAGAAAAUCAGGGAUUGACAAAUCUUGUUUGAUGCAUAGCCCUUUUCUACGAUAUGUCUCCAACCUCAACGAUUUCGAUGAGAAACUCAGUUCUUACGUUCGCAAUGAAUAUGUCAAAAUGAAGUAUGUCCUCCUAUCGCCUAUCAAUUUUUUCUCUGGUCUUUGUUGAUUUUCUUUAAUUCUUCGUGUGUGCCUCUUACUACAUAUCCAAAUGACUGAUCACAUUCCACCUUGACAGGUACCAGGACAUACUCGGAUGCGAAGGUUUGAACCUUAAGAACACAUCUUCUCUCUAUGCUCAAUAUACGACCAGCGUAAUAUGUAAUGGAAUAAUACAAAAUUCAAAAGAGCCGUGUCGUCUGUCUGAACGAAGCGCCAGACCACUUUGUGCAGAGAGCUGUGCAAUGUUUGCAACCAGUGAAGAGAUAAUUACAGUCAACCAGGGUCUAUGUCGGUCCCCUAAACGCAAUCACAUGGACGAAAUACGGGCAGACUUCACGGUCUGCGCCAUCCCAGCUAAUUCGCUAUCCGGACAGUGCAUUUCUGGCACCGAUAACGAGCCAAACGAAUGCGGGUUUGGAGAAAAUCUGCUUGGCCUGUGCGGUUUCUGCUCGCAGACUUCAAUCAAUGGCACUGAUACCUGCUGCUACGCUGCCAAUGCGGAGCAGCGUUGCAAGGGCAUCAGGCUUCCAGAAAUUUCAUCACUGCCACCUCUAUUUCCGCAUCCAACUUCGACAGCCGCUCCCAAGCACACUGACAAACCAGGUGGCGGAGGUUUAACUAGUGGACAGAUUGCCGGAAUUGCCGUUGGAACAGUAUUGGGAUGUGCAUUUUUAAUCGGUCUGGCGGUCCUAUUCCUCCUUUGGAGAAGACGGAAACGUAAUGAAUCUGCUGAAAGCAUUUUUAACCAACCUACGCCUCCCCGGACCAUGGCAACAGCUCCAUCAUAUCCAGCUGGCGGCAGCUCAACUAAUAAGCAGCAGAAAGGAUACGAACCCAUUCCCGGAGGCCGUGUUGCGCGAAUGUCAGCUCUUCAAGGUGGUAGUAACCCACCAUCAUGUCACGCAUACCACGAUUCGGAUUCCGAUGUAUUUGGAGACAGCCCUUCUGGCGGCAAGUCGAGGCGUAUUCCACCCGUCACAGGAAGAAGAAACGGCUCACUUUCUAGCGCGUCUGCCCUCGCUGGCGAUGGUGACACGUUAUCUCCCAAGUCUGGCAGUGGUGCCCAGUUCUCUUCUCCCGAAGGCGUUGCCAGCGGCCAGUCUGAGCAGCUCCCUUAUUUCCGCGACUAUUAUUCACAGGAUGACAUCCAUCCAAAUGACAGAGUAUCUGUUCUCUGGGCAUACCAACCUCGCGCCCCUGACGAGUUUGAACUAGACAGAGGUGACAUGCUGAAAGUCGUUGGUAUAUGGGAUGACGGCUGGGCAACAGGUGUCCGGGUCAACGAGAAAGCAGAGGACUAUGACUCGAAGCAUAAACACAGUCCGCUCAGAGAUAGCGGUGUCUCUCAUGGGUCAGAGGCACGACCUCCAUCUUCGCCAACUGCCGGAGAAAUAAAAGCAUUCCCAGUUCGUCUAAACCUAGCCCCAUCCUUGUGUUACUUAAUUUGAAUCUAUUUACUAACGACUCCAUCUAGCUCGUCUGCGUAUGCCUGCCACAACAUUGGCGAAAAACUAUCGAUGGCUACCUUGAAGGAGGUGACCAAGAACCCUCAUCUUGACGGAUAUCACCUUGUCUAUGCUUGUUUUUUUCCUUCUCCUUUCAUGCGUUGAUGACACAAACUAGUUUCCGGCCGCUCAGGCUCUGGCGUUAUCUUUUCUUUACCUUCUUACAUUCUACAGCCUCCCUUUUCUUUCCUUCCUUUUUUUUCCUUUUAUUUUAUUCCCUACCUGCGUUUACUUCGAAGAGUUGACCCUCUUACCGCAAAUACCUUGGCCUUGCUUUGAUCGCGCCUAUAUCUAUUAUACGGUACUACUUUUAUUUCUUUAGUGUCUAGCGAAGACCUUUACUGCAAAUUCUCCAGUGACAUUUACGUCACUCCUUUUUUCGGAAAAGACAACAAAAAGAAAAAAAAAAUAAAAGAAAGAAAGAAAGAAUUUCAAUAUUUAUGUGAAAGGGAACAUCCUAAUAUCUCACACGCUACGGGGCUAGCUCGAUCAGUUGAGUUGUUCAGCUCUGGCGGAAAGCCAGCAAGCACUGUUCGAGCAACACAUGCAGCACCUGCACCCACUCUCACUGUGCCCAGCUCCUCCACCGUUUGUGGAGAGGGUAUUUUCCUUGUUCUAGUCUGCUGUGCUCUCUCAUGCUACGUUUCCUCUGACUUAAUUGCUUCUCGUACGCUAGAUGUUAGUUGUGUUAGCUGCCUAUUUCUGUACUUUUUUUUUUUGCCUUGAUGUAGUUUAUACCCCCCCAAAUGAUCUCGAACCAGGCCUAAGGGUAGUUAGUCUUAAUCCUAGUUGUUAAUUACAACCCAUUCCUUACAUUUACCAUUUCUAUUGUUUACGCCUGGAGCGAGCACGACUAUGGGGACUAACCCAUCUACCAAUUUAACCACACUUUACUUAGUCCCUGUUCAAUUUUUGCAUACACAACGCUCCGAGACCAAGCAUGCUUAAUUCAACCAAAUAGGUAUCCACCCUCUCUUUUCCAUCAAUACAGACUAUUAUUCAUGGUGCUCGGCGUGAUCGGCCUCUUGAAACACACAACCGCUAGAUAUAUUAACUAUCCGGCAAUGUAAUAUAGGACAGGGGUCAUCGACUCUCUUUCUCCCCCAAACUCCGUCGUUUGCAGGUGGAUGUUCAUAAAUGGCGUGAUCGUAGGGGUACUCACUUACUUAGGUACCCUUCUUCUUGCUACUGCUGGCAAACCUGACCUUUCCAGUGCCGUCAUGCCAUGCCAGGCCAUGCCACGGUCACAGUCAUGUCGACCAGCAGCAGCAGC